CCGACCCUUUCUUGUUUACAAAGUUUUCCUCCUAAUCUCUCCUCUUUGAAAUACCCUUAGCUGCUGACAUGUAUUAAAGAAACUGAAAGGAGACGCAGAAAAACCAAGCAAAGAAAAAGGGAGGAAAAAGCAAAUAUGGAAGAGCAGUUGAAGACUAUCACUCAGGAAAUCGGGGAACCCAAAUUCGAUACGCUCCGAUUCGGACUCCAAAGCGUCAAAGGAGAAAUCGUUGGAUCGCAUCCCCUUGAAUCUGCUUAUCAUACUACGCACGUGAGGCAGCAGCAGAUGAAGAGGCAGAUUCUGGCCAGAGCUUACGGGUCGGCUUUCCCUUUGAAGAUGGAAUUCGAUCGAGAAAUCCUCUCCAAGAGAUUUCAAAGACCAGCUGGUGCGAUUCCAUCAUCAUAUUUGGGGUUAGAGGCUAUGACUGGGGCUUUGGAAGAUUUUGGCUUCGAGGAUUAUCUCAAUGAUCCAAGGGAUUCUGAAAGUUUCACUCCGGCUGACAUGCAUCAUGGAAUGGAAGUGCGUCUUGGAAUUUCCAAGGGACCAGUCUGCCGCAGUUUCACAUGAAACAGUUAGCUGGAAUUAUUGGAAGACGAUUGUUGAUUUCUGUACUACUAUUAUUCAUGUAGUGAAGCUGCUGCUUUCUUUUCAUGUCAUGGCUUGCUUGUACGCUAGUCCGUGGAAUUUUUAACAUAUUCGACGUUGCAAUGAUGAACAAUUCGGUCCUAA